AUGUCCACUCGCGAGCCUGCGGCGCCAUUCACGAAGUCCCGAAAGUCUCACUUGAAACAUGAAAAGCCGAAUUCGAGCAACAACUCUCAAAAAAUUGAAAAUCAUAAAUGCAAAUCAGCAUGGCAGAAAAUAUUCGAACCCGGAAAAGUCUUCAUCCGUAUUGAUGGUGUUCCGCCGAAACCGUGUUCGCAAGAAGAAUUUAAUAGAAUCAAAUGCGUCGGAGUAAAUAAAAUUGAUAAGAAUUUGGCUGAUCCAAGAAAACUGCCAGAUAACAUGAGGGAUACAAUCUAUCAGGAACUUAUCAUCCGAUCCUCAAACCGCCGUUAUUUACCCCGUCCUCGUCUGCGUGUUGAUUCAAAUUACUGCACGAUCCCCCCAAAACGAGAAGUUUCGCUGUUUAGUAUGGAUGAUAACUGCACUAUAGCUCUUCUGAAAGACUUUGCGGAAUCAUGUGGAGAAGUAGAAAAAGCAUAUGUCUGUAUGCACCCGGAGAGCAACAGGCAUAUGAAAAUGGCGUAUGUGGUUUUCAAAACAGCAAAGGAUGCAACUAUAUUCACCAAUAAAUACGAAUCUCAGAAUCUUCUUGCCACUAGAUGCGUUUGCCAAAUUGAUCCUUUUUUAUCAUCAUUAAACGAAGCAUAUGAAAAUGCAACCAAUGGUCGAGUUCUUCCUAUGUUGCCCGAAGAUCUUGCAUCAAUUGACAGCAAAGUUCUGAGAGAGCUUCGUGCAAACUACUUGAGAGGAAAAAAUGAAAAGGAAGUUGAAGGAAAAGGGGAGGAUUCAGUUAUGGAGAUAUGCUCCACAUCUCAUUUCAUUGAAACUACUGAUGAUAAGGUGGAACAACCAGAUUAUCAAAUUGUAAUGGAUGUUGAGGUUUCACCAGAAAACACAUCUUCUAAUCCACCACCGCUUUUGAAGCAGGAAUCACCUCCUCCUCCACCACCUCCAAAAUCUUUUCAAAAUCCUCUGAUUUUAUCUGACGCUAUCGUCCAACCACCGUAUUAUAGUCAUAUUCCACCAAGUUCCAGUACGAUGCAUAUGCCCGAGUUUUGUCCUACAGAUACUGAACUGGAGUCGAAUAUACCUCUGCCACCUGGUGAAUACAAUCAGAAAGAGAACUUGAUAAUUUCAAAUACAAAAGUUGGAACAGAAAUGGAUGAAUACGGAGGAAACGAUGAUAUCGUUAUUCAAUUUCAAGACAAGCCUUUUCAAUUCGGUGGAUGGAAACUGAAAAGUUCCGCACCGAAAAAAAACAUUAUUUGUAACUCAAAAGAUACUGAACUGGAGUCGAAUAUACCUCUGCCACCUGGUGAAUACAAUCAGAAAGAGAACUUGAUAAUUUCAAAUACAAAAGUUGGAACAGAAAUGGAUGAAUACGGAGGAAACGAUGAUAUCGUUAUUCAAUUUCAAGACAAGCCUUUUCAAUUCGGUGGAUGGAAACUGAAAAGUUCCGCACCGAAAAAAAACAUUAUUUGUAACUCAAAAGGUUCUUCUCCUGACUGUAAGAAAACGACGAGCCUAUCGACUUCAGGGAAACAUAGAAGAGGAGAUAUUCGAGAAAAAGAAGAUCGAAGAGGCUGUGAAAGAAGCACUGGUCGUUCGUCCAGAUACUCACCAUGUCAACAUCACAUUCUGAAAAAAGAGUUCGAACAUAGACUGCAUGCACCAGAACCACCUCCAUCUUAUUCUCGCGAAGAUCCCAAUCGAAGUCGGAGUCGCACAUCGAACUCUCGUCGACGCUAUCGUUCUGGAAGUUCCUCAGAAAGGAAUGAACAUCCGGAACGCGGUUCCAGCAGAAGGAAUAAUCGACGAUCAGAUUCGAGGACCCGGUCUGGCGGUGAUGAUGACAAUGUUGUGAAAUAUGAAACAAAACGGUCAAGCUCCCCGUCCACCUCGAAAAAAGAUAGAAGUUUUGGUUGGGAUUCUGAUACCGAUGAAUCGGACGAAGGUACAAGGAAAAGACGUGGAGGAAGGUCAAAGACAAGAGAUUCAGAGCGAAGAUCGAAGAAACUAGGAUCUUCUCAAUCGUCUCGACGAAACCUCUCAAAUUCACAUAACCACAGUGCUCCAAAUUUGGAAUACCAGAAAACACCUCCGCCUCCACCACCGAACUUCAUCCCGAAUCAGUCCCAUCCGAAUCAAGUUCGAAAUCCUUUUCAUCAACAUUCUCAAAACCAUCGUCUACCAACACCACAUGUAAUACCCGGACAGUAUUAUCCAAUUCCUCAUCAUCCACCUCUCGGAGUUUUACCUCCUAUGAUGGUUCCAUCUCCGAUUCGUAAUCAAGCUCAACCGCCGUGCGAUUUCCGUCAACCACCGCCAGGAUUUGUACCUUCGUUCACCCAGACUUAUCCUUCGACUCCAAUACUACAUGCAUCACAUUCUGUAACUCAAAUUCCAUAUCAAGCGCCUCAUCUUCCAAAACCAGGUUUGGUUCAAAUAAGUUCGCUUUCUGCCGUCUCUGAUAGAGCUGCGUGCAUUCCUGGACCCCCACUCGGUCAUCCUCCUGUCGUGAAUGAGAUUCCCCGUAGAUCCGAAACACCGGAAAAGCCUACUCCCUCACUUCAGCAAAGAUUCUCAGAAUUGUUUGGAGGAGCACAAAAAAAAGAAGAGACACAGCCAAUAGAAGUGGAGUACGAAUAUGCUCUCAAAAAUUCUGAAUCCCAGGAUGAUCGACAAUCAUUGGAAGAUAUGGAUGUAGAAGUUUCCAGUGAUGGAGAAACAACUUCAAUUGUAGAACGAACAGAAUGUAUGGAGGAAAAAAGACGCCAGGAACUCAGUCGUCUAAAUGAACUGAAACCCCCAUUAAUCUUCGAAUGUCAUGAAAAAAUUACAAAUGAUUUGACAUCGAAAAUCUAUGAUGAUAUUCGGCAACAAAUUACUAGGCAGUGUAUGGCACACCUCGACGAGAAACUUCGUUUAAAAGCUAUUGCGGAUGAAGAAAAGAGGAAACAAGAAAGAGAUCAGAAGGCACAAGAAGCAUUGAAAAAACCUAGCAAUAACUCAAUUGCUGAUAUGAUGGCUCUCUACACCAAUCAGUCGUUUGCGAAUGCUUCUCGUUCCAAUUUCGUCUACAGAAAGCAAAAGCCGAUACCAAAGAGCAACAUAAGCAGAAAGGAACACCAUCAUCACCGGGAUAAAACAUCUUCUCCAACUCAUUCAACAAGUUCGUCAGAAGAAUUUCAUGAUGCUCAAAUAUCCCGCCGUUCAAGCGUUUCGUCAUCAUCUGAAUCUUCUGAAUCUCUUUCUGAUGAUUCUAGUUCUGAAAAAAAUGAUAACUGCAGAACACGAAAAGAAUUAGUAAUAAGCGAUGAAGAACAGAUAAGACGAAUGUCUUUUAGUUCCACAAGUGUUCGGAGUAGUCCAACAAGAUCUCACAGAGAGCUAUCGUCAAGUUCGGAACUUUCUGAAGGGUCUGCCUCGAGUUCACGUCAAAGUAGGGAAAGGUCUCGGAAAAGGAAAUUGAUAGCGUCAAGUCGCGAGUCGUCAAUAUCAAUAGUGAGCAACCGAAGUACUUUGGAAUUCCAACAAGAACACGAAGACGAUGAGGAACCACCUAACAAGAAAAGUCCACAGGAAUAUUUCUCGCGAGAUCUUCAAACAUCACCAGAUGAAUCUACGAACCAUACUCUUCCUGCUGUACCCGAGAAUAUUGUUUCAUCAGGUCCUCUCAUUUUGGAUUCUGAGUAUCUGAAGUAUGAAAUAGUACACUGGGAAAAAGCCAACAUUGCCGCUACUUCACGUGUUAGUGGCUCUAUACGAGUCGAAGAAUAUCAUCCUUUCACUACGGAACACUGCUACUUCAAAAUUGAAAACAAGAAGCAAUCUGACAUUCAAAUAUUCGAAAAGUAUCCCAUCUUAAAUGAAGGACAGAAAGCUCCUAUAAUAUCUCCAGCUCCGUGGGGAUCUUCGCCCACAGUAAACAUUGAUGAAUCAGGCCCAUUGGUUUACAUGGAUUCCAUUGUUGUAAACAAAAAACCCAAGGCAGCAUCGCCCCAGAAAAGGCAGAAGCCGAGAAAGCAAACGUUCGAAAAAGAUUACUACAUGUUCGAGGAUAUUGAAACAAUCAAGCCAUUACCACCACGGGCGAAGAAAAUAUUUCGAGCUCGAACCGCCAAUGAAAAAGAUCAAAUUAUCAAAGACUUCGUUGGUCUACCUGAUUUGGAGGAUCAAUGGUAUCUUCGUCAUGUAUUGAACGAAUUGCAAUCGAAUAUGCCUCCUGAUGAGUUACCAUGGAGGAAAUUGCUUACUUUCAAGGAAAUGCUGAAACCCGAUGAGCCUAUUUUGAAGAUCAACCCGAUUCGAUCUAAAAAAGGACUUCCAGACGCUUUCUACGAAGAUCCCGAACUUGAUGGUGUGAUUCCUGUAGCAGAAGGAUGCGCACGAGCUCGACCAUACAAAAAGAUGUCUAUGAAACAGAAGCGAAGUCUUGUCCGACGUCCUGAAAACGAAUCAUCAAUAUCGACUGCAAUAUUCAGUGAACGAGAUGAAACAGCAAUGCGACAUCAGCAUCUAGCUAAUAAGGACAUGCGAUUGCUUCAACGACGUCUUUUGACUUCUCUCGGAGAGGCUAGCAAUGAUUUCUUCAAGAUUAAUCAAUUAAAGUUCCGCAAAAAAAUGAUUAAAUUCGCUCGAUCACGCAUUCAUGGUUGGGGACUAUACGCAAUGGAAACCAUUGCCCAAGACGAAAUGAUUGUCGAGUACAUAGGACAAACGAUCCGUUCACUGGUAGCCGACGAACGUGAGAAGGCUUAUGAGCGCCGAGGAAUUGGAAGCUCAUAUCUGUUCCGAAUUGAUGAAAAUUCGGUGAUAGAUGCAACGAAAAGAGGAAACUUUGCUCGGUUUAUCAAUCACUCUUGCCAACCGAACUGUUAUGCUAAGGUACUGACAAUCGAAGGAGAGAAGCGAAUAGUUAUCUACAGUCGAUCCGUCAUCAAUAAAGGAGAAGAGAUUACAUAUGAUUACAAAUUCCCAAUAGAAGAUGACAAAAUCGACUGUCUGUGUGGUGCGAAAGCUUGUCGAGGUUACCUCAACUAA